CUCCUCCCCCCUUCUAUUUAAAUACUCUCCCCUCCUUUUUGUCCUCAAUUCCUCUCUCUCUCUCUCUCUCUCUCUCAUUCUUCCAAGUUCCAUGGGCAGAUCUCCUUGCUGUGAGAAAGAACACACAAACAAAGGAGCAUGGACCAAAGAAGAAGAUGAACGCCUCAUCAACUACAUCAAAGCUCAUGGUGAAGGCUGCUGGAGAUCUCUCCCCAAAGCUGCUGGUUUGCAUAGAUGUGGAAAGAGUUGUAGACUCCGAUGGAUAAACUACCUUCGACCUGAUCUAAAGAGAGGAAACUUCACUCAAGAAGAAGAUGAACUCAUCAUUCACCUCCAUGGCUUGAUUGGAAAUAAAUGGUCCCUUAUUGCAGCGCGAAUGCCAGGAAGAACAGACAAUGAGAUCAAGAACUACUGGAACACUCACAUCAAAAGGAAGCUCCUCAUCCGUGGCAUCGACCCCCAAACUCACCGCCCGCUCAACCACACACCUACAACCACCACCACCACCACCACAAAUUACAUCAUCAACACCACCACCAUCACCGCCACCGCCACGAAAUCUCCACACCAACCAUCACUUAAUUCCAUGCCAUUGACAAUACCACUCCUUGACAACCAGAAUGGUUCAAUUGACGACGCCAGCAGCAGCAGCAGCAGCAGUAUGAUUAAUGAACAGCAACAAGAAGUAGUACACAAAGAACUCGACCUCGAGCUCUCUAUAAGUCUCCCAAAUCCACCUCAUCAUCAUCAUCAUCAUCAUCACGCCUAUUCUUCUUCUUCUUCUUUCACCAUCGUCAAUUCAAAUGAAUCGAAACACCAGAAACAACAACAACAACAACAACAACAACAACAACAACAACAGCUCGCUUAUGAGCGGCUCUUCGGGGCAUCAUCAUUGGCGAUUACUAGAUCAUCUAUCCAUGAAAACAAAGUUGGUUUCAAAGAGUUCCCGGAGAUAUUACAUGCCUUUGGACUUGUAACUCCUAGAAAAUAAUAGUUGGUUCUUUAAUUAGGUCAUGUUCAAGCUUUCUCACCCUCCCUCUUCUUCAUACAUGUAUCUUGCUCUCUAGAAGUACUGAAAUGAAUCCAACUACUAACAAAAUAGUUGUUAAUUCAAGCACGGAAAUCAUAUGUUAUGGUAUUGAGAAA